GAAAGUUUAUUUUGGCAACUAAGCCGCAGAUAAGAGUUUCGAGGCUUACGUUAUGAUGCGGAUUUUUGUGUUGUUAGCAUCUGUCAGUAAGGCUAGCCUCUUUCUCCACAGACGCUAAAAGACUUUAACUUUGAAUAGGAGGCCCGACAUUUUUAUGUUGUUUUAACUUCCUCUGUUAUAUUGGAUGUGGUGUUCUGAUUUUUUUUUUCAAAGCUCACCCCAAUAAUUGCUGUUACCAGCCAACAACUUAUCGUCCAAGAGGAGGUUGUAUCUCGACGUAUCGAUUUAAUUAGCCCUCAAACCUUAAUAAGGGAUCACAUCGAUGCCUUCAGCAACAGCUGGCAACAGUGCUGUCCAGUCUGCCAUUCCAGACCUGGGAAAUGGAAGUCAUUCUGAGGCCAUGAAGCAGAUUAUUGGUGUGAUUGACAAGAAGGUCCGCAAUAUGGAAAAGAAAAAGUCCAAACUGGAUGACUACCAGGCAAGGAAGAAUAAGGGCGAGAGACUAAAUCAGGAUCAGCUGGAGGCCUUGGCGAAGUAUCAAGAGAUCAACAACAACUUAGAGUUUGCUCGAGAAUUGCAAAAGAGCUUUCUCGCAUUGGGUCAGGAGAUUCAAAAGGCAGUCAAGAAAUCUGCAAGACGGGAACAGCUGCAGCGAGAAGAGACUGAACAAAGACGAUUGAAGAGUGUUUUGGAGCUUCAGUAUUUACUCGACCAGCUGGGAGAAGACGGUGUCAGGCAGGACCUUAAACACCCCGAUGCCUCUGGUGCGCCUUUGCUCACUGAUGCUGAACUCUCAUCCCUCGAUGAGUUUUACAAAUUGGUAGGACCUGAGAGGAACUACGAUGUAAGGUUGACUCGCCAAUAUGAAGAAGCAUCACUACACCUGUGGGAACUGCUUGAGGGUCGAGACAAGGCUGUAGCAGGGACCACGUACAAGUCACUGAAGGAAACCCUGGACAAAGUGCUGCAGAGUGGUUACUUUGACAGAGCGCAAACUCAUCAAAAUGGGACAUGCGAGGAGGAAGAAGAGCAAGAGGAACAGACCGUGGUGGCUGAGUCUAAAGCUGUGGAGCAGCCAUCGGAACCUGGAUUCGCUAGUGAAAAAAAUACAGAGCCCGUUAAAGUGGAAACUAUAGAGUUUGUAAACAGACAGUUCAUUCCAGAAACUACAUACAGCAGUACAGACAAAGACCAAGUCGAGGAGUGGAGUGUGGAGGCCCAGAUGGUGAAUUCACUCCAGCAUCAGCCCCCUGUUCAGCUGGCUCCAGAACAAACCAUUACUGUGAACCAAGUUUCUCCCACUCCUGAUACUGAUCCUGUGGUUAGAAAGCAGGCAGUGCAAGACCUCAUGGCCCAGAUGCAAGGGACAUACAACUUCAUGCAGGACUCCAUGUUGGAGUUUGAUGGCCAGGCGCUGGAUCCAGCCAUUGUGUCUGCGCAGCCAAUGAAGCCUGUGCAAGCUGUUGACCUGCAACAGAUGGGCGGUGCUCUACUCCACUCAGAGUCCAGACUUCCUCAGACAGCUGCAGUGUCUGGACCACAGGAAUCCUCACAAGCCUCAAUGUCUCUGUCAUCUGCACCGUCUCCUGCCCCAUGUUCUCUGUCCUCUGCCUUCCCUCCUGUCUCCAAACCCACCCUCACUGGAGGCAUCAAUGUCAACGCAGCACCUUUCCAGUCAGUGCAAGCGGUAUUUAACAUGAAUGCACCUGUACCUCCAACUACCGAUGGCCAAGCAGACCCCUUGAAGCAGCCUAGCCAGUUCCCUGGUGGCUAUGGACAGGGCUUUAGCAGCCAGCCAGAAAAUGUGGUCGACCAGCCUGACAUCCCACAAGAAAGAUUACAGACAGUUGUUAAUGCAUUCCAGCCCCAGGACCAGAUUAUGUCCUCAACGCCAGGACAUGAAGAUCCCUCUGUAGGUGCAGGGUUUGGGCAGUCUGGUCAGUCCUUCUACAGCAGCAGAGCUGUGCCAAGAGGUGGACCCAGGAACGCUCGUGGCGUUAUGAAUGGAUAUCGGGGCUCCUCGAAUGGAUUUAGAGGUGGAUAUGAAGGCUACCGUCCACCGUUCUCAAACGCUCCCAGCAGUGGAUACGGUCAAACUCCGUUCAACACAUCUCGGGACUAUUCCAGCAAUACCUAUCAGCGGGAGGGAUAUCAGCAAGGCUACAAACGUGGAGCAGCCCAAGGACCUCGUGGUUUGUCCCGAGGUAAUGUGCAGGCAAUGCGAUCCUAAAGGAUCCCGGGGACCGUCGAAUUACGCCACGUUGAACAUUCAGGAUUUUUUGAAUGUGUUUGCCCCAGCUCACUUUUAUAACAAUGUUUUGUUUCUCAUCGGUAAUCUUAUUUUUUUAACUCCUGGCCUACUUAUCAGUCAGCCUGCUUCGGUCUGUCUAGAUCUUUUUGAUGUUUUGUCACAAAAAUGCUGAAAUUAACUACAUGUAGGAUUAUCAGCAAGUACGUGUGAUGGAAAAACAACAAAAAGAUAUUCCUGUAAACUUGAAAGAUUUCAUUAAUUUAUUUUUUGUACAAAAUAAAUGCAAAAAAUACCCCGUCACUGUCUAUUUGAUUCCAUGAGUGCUGUAAGCCACUUGUUACUCCCUUUAUAAUUUUCAUCAAAACGUUUAAUUUUCUUGUUUGUUUGUUUUUUUUUUAACUCCUGUGUCCCUGCCUGCACCUCUUUGUACACUGUUAUUGAUUGAGACUGUUUCAAUAAAGUUGUGCCCUAUUA